CCUUCUAGUUCUGUGCUAAAAAAAACUCAUUAUUUUUGGUAAAAUUUCAUUCAACAACAUAAAAUAAAAAUCAAAAUCCGAUUCAGAAAGUUGAAUUGUCAUCCUUAGCACUGUACGAUACAAAUACAAAAUAUUGAAAAAAAAACAAUUCAUUGUAUUUGUCAUGUGUUAGAUAGAGAUUUGUUUAUAUUUUGUAACGAAGUUUAAAAUUGUAUAAAACGAAACAUCUGUGAAAGAUGAGUGAAGGGGAGCGUACAUUGGUCGACAAGUCUGAGAGCAGUUCGUUUGAGGACCUGGCCUCGGCAGCUGCCAAUGAGAUUGAAGAAGCCAAACUUGCAGAGGCGGCUGCGGCGGAGAAGUCAGAAGAAACAGAGAAACCAGCUGAUGAGUGGCAGGAUGUGUUGGGUUCAGGGGCAUUGUUGAAGAAGUUUAUCAAAUCAGGUGAUGAGUCAAUAGGAGCGAGACCACAAAGGAGUGACAUAUGCAGGAUCAGUUAUGAACUGAAAUUGCGAGAUGGCACUCAAGACAUUGUUGAGAAAAGAGAUCAUGUCAAAAUUUACUUGGGUGAUAAUGAAAUCCUCCAAGGACUGGACUUAGCUCUAACGCUCAUGUACAAAGGUGAAGUGUGUCUAUUACAAAUAGCGCCAAGGUUUGGGUAUGGAGACAUUGGUCUGAAACCUGGCGAAAGUCUUGGCUUAGUUGGUGAAAUCAAUGGACCCAAGUAUGAAGGAGCUCCUAUAGACCAGGAUACAUGGCUUGAAGCCCGCCUAGAGUUACAUGAUUGGACUGAGGAACCUGAUCAUGAGACUUUACCUAUUGCUGAAAGAAUGGAAAUUGGUAUUCGACGUCGCUGUCGCGGCAACUGGUGGUAUGGCCGUGGCGAGGCUCAACUAGCGGUACAGCUUUACCGACGAGCGCUCGACGUUCUCGACGAGAGCGAGGGGGGCAUCACAGACCCCACGCCCACGGGCGAGAUGACCAGCACUUCGGACGCCUUGCACGCAUUGCUGGAGGAACGGCUGCGGGUCCAUAAUAACAUGGCCGCUGCGCAGUUGAAGGCUGGAGCCUACGACGCUGCGUUGCAAGCAGUAACUCGCGUGUUAACCUGCCAGCCGGACAACGCGAAAGCCCUAUACCGUAAAUCCCGCAUACUAACCGCCAUGGGACGCAACGCUGAAGCCCUAGAGGCUGCCCGCGCAGCCGCCAGCGCGGCCCCCGACGACGUCGGAGUCCGUAAGGAACUGUCCAGAUGCGAAGAGAAGGCCACAAGGGACAGAUCCGUGGAACGGAGACUGGCUAAAAGGAUGUUGGGGACCAGUGAUCAGCCCAAACCGUCGCCGGAUAAGAAACCGUCCAGAACUAAGAUGCUAGUGUGGGGCUCGCUGCUGCUCAGCCUGCUGGUGGGCGUGGCUUCGGUGCUGGUGUACCGCUACAAGAUGCAGGCGCAAUGAUCCCGCCUACUACCACUAUAGUAUCAAGCCAGUGAAAUAAAAGUGGUUGAGGUGCAUCGCUAAUCUAUAUCCAUCUAACUGUCGAGCUAGAACAAUAAAAAUUACGUCUACUUUAAUUAAGUUUGCCAGUCUAUCUUAUAAGGGGGACGGGCAGACAAUGAUAUCAUAAAAAAAAAAACGAAAAAAAAAUGUAAACAUUUAUUUUUAUAAAUUUAACCUUCCAUCGUCAUGAUGAACAGACUAGAAAAUUGCAUUUCUUUUUUUUAUUCACUGUUCCUAUGUGAGCGAUUGCGAAUAUUGCUGUAAUCCGUUAAGCUACAAUGUGUUUUGGGUAGGGGUCCUUUGGUGUUGAGCUACUAUGGGUUUGAAGUAGGGGUUCAUUGGCGUUGAGCUGCUAGUAUGGGUUUGAAGUAUGGGUUCAUUGGUGUUGAGCUACUAUGGGUUUGAGGUGUAGGACCUUAGGUGUUGAACUACUUUGCUUUUUAAGAUACAGGUUUCUUGAUGUGUAUGAACACAACGCAUAUAAAGUGUGUACGAUAAACGCGGCAUUAGUGUGCCAGUCCACUGAAGUGGAGCAGAGUGGAGAUAUGUUCAACAGAUCAAUAACAUUAUUAAAAGAUGAAAUGAUACAAAUUGGUCCGCUGAAUUAUAUCUCCGCUCUGUUUCACUUCAGAUAACACGCACCCUUUGUUUAAGGUUACGCAGUGCGUUUGUGCGUAAGAACCCGGCAUACUUAUAUUCAAUUCAAAGAACCCCACCCUUAAAACCAUAGAGUAGCUGAACAACCUUUAAUUUUUUUAGUUCCUAGCGAUAUUAAAUUGUAUCAUAAAUUAAAAUAUCGCUUUGGAACGCUGAAAAUCGCUCACAUAGGACGUAUUAUUAGAAUUUUAACACCAUGAAAAUCGUAACUAUGUAUAUUAUAUGUAUAUAAAUUCCGAUCACAGAAAUCAGAAUAAAUAUAGAAGUGUUAAGGUAGAGAUUGUCACUGCGCCCAAUGGGCAGGGACCUAUCGUAGUGCGUUUUUGUAAAAUUAGACUUAUUCGCAUAACGUCACGGUUUAAUAUACGUUGCUUUGGAUACUACAGAUAUGGUCCUUGGAAUUAUUUUUGUACGGACUCAAAUCGGUGACAAGCAGACCCUGUAUUAAAUAUUCAGAUACAUUUCUAUCAUUUACCUUAGAGUUCUGUGAUUUUGAUACACUUAUAUGAGUAGCUAAUAUUCCUAUAUAUUUUUUUAUUGUAUAAAGGGGUUGUAGGUUAGGUUAAUAGAAACAAAAGGUAGGUACCGUUGUAUUUGAAAAAUACUGAAUGGUUUGUAUUUUUAAAAAUAUUAUUUUUAUCAAUACGUAUAUCAUAAUUUUCAUGAUCUAAUAUUUUAAUAAUGUUGGUUGCUGUAUUUAUUUUUUGAAGUGUCUAGACUGCCACAAGUGAAGUUUAGUUUUUAAAAUGUAUAUUGUAUACCUUAGUGCAAACUGAUAAGGUUCAAUUUUUAACAAAAGUGUCUAGCAUAUGCUUGUGUGGUCAUUUAAUAAAAAGAAACAUCCUGCCGUAAUUUGUUAGCUUUUAAUUGACUGUUUUUAAAUGACACCACAAGACGGGCUUCGCGCUUUACAAAAUCACGUGAUAGGAUGCCUUGACUGUGUGGAGUCGAGUGAUUUAAUUUCAUUCUGGGCUAUUUAGUUAGGAGGUACUACGGCUACCGAAAAUGUACUUUAUAUUUUCAUUAAAAAUUGAUCCUUAAAAGUUCGCGUUAAGGAACAAAUUAAAUAAUAAAAAACUUGUAGCCAAAUAUUUUUACCAUCGGACGACCACUUGAGGCUUUCCAGACACUUCCUUUAUAUUUUCGAACUAAUGCUGUUAGGCUUUUCAUUAAAGCCUGAAAUAGAACUUGAAACCAGCGUCUAAUAAUGUUCCUAUUCUGUAGCAAGAAUAAAAACAGUGACACACUUUAAUUGAUCUAUUUGUACUGAAAGGAGAUUGGCGAAUUCCAUAGAGUUUCAGACCCAAACUAACAGAACCGUGAGCCUCAAGCCCACGUUCACUUAAUCAAACUUCUCAUGCUUGUUUUAGUAAACCAGUCUAACAAAAAACUUCAUCAAAGUCUAUCAAAUAAAGUUAGGAGAAAAAAGAUAUUCACUUGUAUUGCCAUGUAACGGUUAGUUAUAAUGUGUGCUUGUGAAUUUAUUAUUUUUGAUCCCCAUCUUCUAAAAGUAUCAGGCUUAUACAGAAAAAUACUUUGAAAAAUAUUAUUAAAAUUAAAUGAUUUCUCAAUCUGAACGGUUUUUAAAAAUGCUGGGUCUAAAUUCGCCAACCUCCUUUAAAUAUUUUAUUUUUCGUAACAGGCAGUGCCAAACAAAACAUUGUAUUAUACAUAGUUUUUUAAGCAUAAAGCAUCUAGAACAUUCAGCAAUUAUUAUUAGUGGUAACAAUUACAAAUAAUAUAAUAUUUUGCUGAAACAACGGGAAAGAAUAUUUUUUGAAUUUUUAUACGACUAAGAAAGAACAACUAAGACUUGCAUUCCAGCUGUGUGUACUUUUGAUAGACGCGAAAAAUGUUUUCACUGACUAAAAUAUCAGAAAAUGUUUAAUGUAGUAAUUAGGUAUGUGAAACAUAUUGGUCUAAAGGUUUCCAUCCAUUAAACAGUUAAUUAAACAAUGAUUUUUUUAACUAUUUUUUUACUACUUUUUCUAAAAUCCUUCGACUACCCCUUUUUUUCUUUUGAAAUCUGUAAAGUGCUUUGCAGAUGGAGCAACUUUAGUUGAAGAAACUAUCAACUUUUUGAAAGCUUUCUUUAAAAGUUGACAAUUGCUACAACCAAAUAGUCUUGUUUACGGUUUCCGCAAUUUUAUAGCAAUCUGUGAGCAACUUUGAUAGCUGAGUUGCUUAAUCUACGUACAGUGUGAUGAUCAACUUUACACAACCGAUACAAAUUCGACAGUUGCUAAUUGCGGCAAUUAGAAACUAUCUUAGUCAUCAAUUUCAGUAACUAAAAACUGUUGUCGAUCAUAGGAACUCGCAACUCGAGUUGCUACGUGUGCGCAGUUCCAUUGAGAUAUGUAAUAUAUGUUUAAACAGCUAAGUACAGUACAACCAAAUUAAUAAUGCGCAUAGAAAUCUUCGUCACUGUUCGGCAACGGUCGUAUGAUACACAUGAUAUUGACUCCUAUUUGUUUAUAACAAGGUGCAAAAUGCAAGUGCAUUGUUUAGGGCUCUUACGAUUCAAUGAUUCGGAAUACGACAAUUAGCGAAGAUGCAUGCGCAUUAUUAAUUUGGUUGUACUGUAGUUGCUGCAUUUGUUGCUCCAUCUGCAAAGCGCCUAAAGUGCUUGUCUAGUGGGUAGGAGACCUUUAGCCUUUAUUGAUACGGUAUCGUGUGUAAAAAUCAAAGUUAAUAAUAAAAGUGUAAGGUAGGUACUUACGCAUUUUUCAUUUAUUAUUAUUUUUCGGUGCUUUUAUUUUAAAAUUAAAGUAGAUAGCAGUAUUUUUGAUAUCAUGAUUAAAAAAUAUUUUUGUUGUAAAAUUAGCCUCUAUGUAUAUAAAUCACGAAAUUAAUAUGUUUAUUUGAAAAUAAAAGUAAUAAUUAUAUCUAAACUUAAUAAAUCAUAUGUUAGCUGUAUUUAUAUUUUAUUGGUUUGGUAGGUCCAAGGUGGUAUCAUUAUUAAACAAAAUAAACACGUUGAAAAUUAA